CAGGGGCGGACUGACCAUUUGGAAACUCUGGCACUGCCCAAGGGCCUGGGGUCAGUAGGGGGCCCCAUGAGAUGCCCCUGGUACCUUUUUCAUAGGCUUUGAGUUUGGGCAAGGACACAGGGGCCCCAUGAUCCCCUAUUGCCCGGGGGCCCCAUGAGUUGUCAGUCCGCCCCUGUGUCAAACAACAUUGCCUUCCAAGCUGGGCGGACUGACCAUUCGAGCACUUUGGCACUGCCCGAGGGCCCGGGGUCAGUAUGGGGCCCCAUGAAAUGCCCCUGGUACCUUUUUUUUAAGGUUUUUUUAGUGUGGGCAAGGACACAGGACCCCCAUGAUCCCCUAUUGCCCGGGGGUCCC